GUUUGUUUGUAUAUAUUACAGCUAUGAGUAUUAAUGUUGGAGUGCGAUCAGCAGCUGAAUUACUGGACCAGUUCUAUGAGAAACGUCGCCUCCUUAUAAUCUCUGCCCCAACAGCUGCCAACCAUUACUAUAGAUUCCAAGUAUCUAAUUUACAGCAUGCUCAGUGUGGUUUGGAUUUAAGACACGUGACUGUGAUUGAGCUAGUGGGAAUGUAUCCAGCUCAGCUAGGCCGCAUUCGACACCGCCUCAUCCCUCCUGGACUGGCCCUACAACUCAGACUGCUGCUGCAGUUGUCUCAGAAUUCCUUUAACCUGGUGCUGCUGGAUAAGCAAGGAGUGGACAAGCAGCGCUACACCUACCCCAUCACUGCUGCAGAGCUCUUCAGCACUAUUGAUACCUUCCCCCUGCGUACUGAAGAAGCCAUCCUGCAGAAAGAGGCAGGUCACAGCUGCUAGACACACACACACACACACACACACACACACACACACACACACACAACCGACCAACCAAAAAAAUGUAUGCAAUCUUUCACCCAUUUUGUACUGGGUUUAAAGUUACCCAGGCUUAAGGGGGAGGCAGGACAGAGCUGCUACACAUGCAAGCAUGAGUGAUUUUCUUUGAUACCUGUAUGUCAUUUUUUUAAGAUGCUCUGCAACAUUUUAUGUAUUGUCUAUAUUUAUGUCAGUCUAUGUCAGAAUGGAGAGUGGGACCUCUUUCUGCCAGUUCAAUCAAAUCUUAAUUUGUUUAUCGAAGUCCUUUUUUGUUUCGAGAAAUAAAUAUGCUUAACUUGGUGAGUCUAAA